UAUACACGUAUGCACACGAAUUUGGAGGUUAGAAUUCGUGCUCUCAGCAUUGAACACUAUGAAGACUUUCUUUGCUGAAUUUGGAGUGAAUGGCGAGAGUGUUUCCGAGUAUCAACGUUCAUAUCUGUUUAUGAUGUUCUUAUAUCUAUGCGAAGUUUGUUGUAAAAAUUAAUAUUAUGUUAUAUUAUUAGUAAAUUAAAAGAGCAUUAUAUUAAUAGAGAAAUUCUAUGUGAUGUUGUAUUAUCAAAGUAUAAUUGUAUACCAAUGCUCGAUAUAGUUAAGAAUUUAUUUAUUAUUAAACAAUGUCAGUUCCCUCUUGCUCAACAUAUACAGACUUACAUAUCUCCAAAAGUAAGGAAGAAACAGUAUAUGCAAAGUGGGAACGAUUUACUAAUUGGGUACAUUGUAUAUGUAUCGUUACUUUUGACCUUGAAUUAGGUCAAGCUAUAGAGGCGGUUUAUCCAAAUCAUAUACAACUCUCUGAACAAGAAAGAUCUAAUGUAUGUUACUUAGCAUUUCCUGAUUCUAAUUCUGGUUGUAUGGGAGAUACUCAAUAUCAUGUAAGAAUAAGACAAAAUGGAAAUAUGAUUCAAGACACACCAGCUUUACAGGAAUAUAAUAGAAGAACACCUUGUUUUUUACAAUGUGAUAAGGAUUAUUACUGGGGCUAUGUAUAUUUUCGUCAAGUUAAAGACAAAUCUUUACCAAGAGGAUAUUUCCAAAAAAGUAUUGUCAUCAUCACAAAACUGCCAUUUAUCAAUUUAUUCUGUGAAUUGUGUGCUUUGAUUGCACCAGAGUUUUUUGAUCGUGGUGAUGCAGUCAUGGAAGCAGUUGUACGAGAGAUAGAUCGUUGGCCACUUCCUGGUCCUGGUCAAAUUGUUCAUUUACCUCUUAUGGGGGUUUUAUUUCAGACAUACAUUCCAAAUCAAAAUUAUAAGGCUGCUGUACCAUGUAUUGCAGCAAUGGAUCAUGCACCAAACGUGCAUGCAACACGAAGAUUAAUUUUAACAUCUGCAUACGAAAGUGAUAUGUUCAAAACUUUAGCUAGUGUAGUGAGUCAUAUACAUUUAUUGUGGGAGUUAGUAUUACUUAGUGAACCUAUUGUAGUAAUGGCUUCCUCACCAACUACAUGUUCAGAGAUGGUUCAAGCACUUAUUGCUAUGAUAACACCAUUGAAAUACUGUGCUGAUCAUCGUCCAUAUUUUACGAUUCAUGAUUCUGAAUUUAAAGAAUAUACUACGGAUGCUCCUAUUCCACCUGCUGUAAUACUAGGUGUCACGAAUCCAUUUUUUGCCAAAACUUUACAACAUUGGCCUCACAUCAUUAGGAUAAGUAAUGGUGGAACUAGUGAAACUCAAAAAUAUAGAAUAAAAAAAUCAGAGAAUCUCAAGGUAUUAGAUUCAAAGCCAGGUGUUUAUACACAAUACAAAUCUUUUCUGCAAAAAGAUAAAACUAUAUUAAAAAAGCUUUUGAGAGGUAUUCAAACAAAAAGACCGGGUGAAGCACAAACAGCUCUUUUGAAACGUCACUUAAUGGAAUUGACUGAAAGUUUUAUGAUUCCUUUAGAAAGAUAUAUUGCAAGUCUUAUGCCUUUACAAAAGGACAUAUCACCCUUCAAAGCGACUCCAAUACCACAAUUAUUUAAUCAGGAUGACUUUUUAGCUACGCUAAGUAGUUUGGGACCUCAAUUAACUACAGGUAUAAAAGGAGAUUGGGUGGGAUUAUACAAACGAUUUUUUAGAUCACCUAAUUUUUCGGGUUGGUUUCAUGCCAGAUAUACAGAACUAGCUCAAAAAUUACAAGUGAUACAAUUGGAAGCAUUAUCGCAAGCUGACUUAAAAACAUGGGUACGAGGAAAGCAAGAAGUAGAAGUUGUGGAUAUGAUCCUUAAAAUUCGACAAAAAUUGGAGAAAAGUUGUAUUAAUGAUAUAUCCAUUGAUGAUACAAUCAGAAAAAAACUUCAAGAAAGAAUAAAUGACAUUACGCAUACAUUGCCAGAUGAUUUACAAGUUAUUUUAAGCCAUAAGUCUUGACAAUACGAUUAUAUUAUUAAUUUUAAAACUCGUUAGUAAUUCUAUUUACUGCUAUUAGUUGAAUUGGGAACCAACAUCAUAUGCCAAUGUCGGUGUAAAUGCAUAAACAAAAUUAAGCUUCCAAUAAUACAUGAAGCUUCUAGAUUUUUAAACAUUAAUGACUAUGAUAUAAAGAAAUAACGUGAAUCAUAUACAUAUGAAAGAUAUAAAAGAUGUAAAUUUAAAUGCUGACUGAACUUGCGCUAGAAUUUUAGAAAGGUUUUAGUUAUGCUUUAUUUCUUUAAUGUAAGUGUGUGUG